AUGCCAAAAGCCGAAGACCGCAUGAUCUCAGGUCCCCAAAGCCUAUCCCGAGUGCCGCAGACCCCCUUGGCUCACCGGUUGGGCUCUCAUCAACUGCCGACGCAAAACACACAGCUACUACCUUCUGCGCUAGAGGUCACUCCUCCGCACACUGCCUACCAUGAUAAAUAUCGCGACAUGCGCCAAAUGAUGCCAGUGGCUAACCGGGCGGACCGCUCGGCCAGUCUUGCCAGGACCAUGAUCACACCAAACAGCACAAAACGCAGUAACCCGCCGGAAUCGAACCAAAGUGUCACAUGGCGUCCUGCUCCGGGCCUUCCUGCCCCUCCAGAAUUCCGCAUUAAUACCCUGAACGUCUCCACAGCCCCUGCGGGCCCCCAGCCGCCUAGCGGGCCCGAGCGGCCAGCCUCUGCUUCUCCAACUGCUCAGGUCGACCCUAAUGCCCCGGUUACCGACCUUGAGGUUUAUAUGGGAUAUCUUGCGCGUCAGAAGCGCGUCCCUGCCACGAGGUUUAUGGUGUGGUCCAAGGAGGUCGAGGAGGCCUUCAUGGAAGCCAUCAAACUUAUUCCCAGAGUAGGGAGACGCAAAAUCACCGUUGGUGGAAAGCUUCGCGGCCGCAAUGAACUGAUUGCCGAUUACAUUUAUAAAAAGACCAAGAAACGCCGGACGCGCAAGCAAGUCUCCAGCCACAUCCAGGUCUUGAAACACGUGCUUAAAGACGAUGAGACUUUUAUGGCGAUGGUAGCUGACCCUCCCGAGACCGAACCCACUGAUGGCACUUCAGGUGAGCUUUUUGAUCAAUUGAUCGCUAAGCUCAGUGCCGAAAGUUUUGACGAUUUUGUUAGCAAGCUGCGUAACAAGGACGCGGAUGAUGCCAACAACGGCUCUGACGGCGGUAGCGAACCUCUGCCUCAGGCUAGUUCAUCGGCUUCUUCCGGCACUCCUCCUAAUGCUCACAUGCCAACCAUUAAAGAGGAGCUGGAGACUUCGAGCCCACCGCCCAUGUUCCAGCCUGCGCCCUUAGAGCCUGUCCAGAUCGAGCUUUCGACACCUCGACGAGGCGUGAGCAACAACUUUGUGCAUAAUUUGGGUCUACAGCACCCGCCUUUCGACUGGACAAGCUCACAGCUGGCUACACCUCCACACCCCGGGCGCCGUGGACACCGCCGUGGACAAUCUAGCCUCGAUCUUGGCGGUGAACGGGUUGUCCCAGUUUCUUUCAGACUUGCUCGUGCUGGUGACCAUCCUCAUAUUUUCACAAAUCUACUGCGUCCGCAGUACGAGUCACCCAAUGCACCCAAGCAGUUCAGUCAACUUGCCUCGAGAUUUGAGGAAGUCGCUAAAAUGCAACUGAAUAAUAUUAUUCUACCCUCUACCCCAGUAAUUCACUGCUUAUCGAAGCUUGAUGUGAAUGCUGCUCGCUCAGGGUACGAGCGCCCUACCUUAUCCGUCGACGCAGGAUUUGUUGUUAGUGGAUUCACACCAUUCAACCUCUUGUUUUCGCCUGCUCCAGCAUCGCCUGCUGGAUUCGAGCGGGUACCUAAUCAUCGGUGGGCAUGUGUCACUAAAGUUUACUCGAUGGGACGUUGUUUAUUAUCGGUCCGCGACGAGGUUCCGAGUCAGGAGAAUAUUUAUCAGGGCACGGAGCGCCUGCAACUGCCAUUUACUACGGACUUUUGGUCGCCGUUCCUUGAGGGCUUCACUGGCCAGGCUGACCGCACCAAAAACCCUGAUUUGGCAAUUUCUGCGGUUACAGUCACGCAGGCAGUCUAUUGCGAACGCAAAGGACAGGAUGCACCUCACCUCGCCUUUAUUGUUCUAUACGAGUUUGAGCGUGCUCGCGAUCCGUUCUCAGCUCGCACAAUCUUCCGUCGUGUUCGCACAUCUCCUUCGCCAGCUCAGGGGCCUACAAACGUUUCUGCUGGCCCCACUAUAGCGACUGGUCCUGGCUCUGGGUCUGGUACCCCCGUUGCUUUGUUGAACAUGCACAGCAUGCAUAAUGUGCCAAGUAAUAUUCAUGAUGCUGUCCACCCAGAUGGACUCAUGGGGUCGCUGGGAUCUCCCGGCCCUGCUGCGCACAGUGGCCAGCAUAUUGGAGGACUAUUGCCUCAAAGUCUUGGAUCACCGCGCCGAGGCAUUGAAGCACCAAUUGCUCGGUCCAUGUCGACAGUUGGAGUUUACCACCCUCCUCCCAUGGGCCAUAUGAAUCUUCCUCCUGAACCAAUCAGUGCAACUGCUGCGCCAUCGGACUUUGCUCCGUUCAUGUUCGAGCCUGAACCAAUUGCCCGAUCCAUGACUGCAUUCGAGCCUAUGAACUGGUCAAAUGAUAUCCAGGACUGGUGUAUUUUUGAGUGA